AUGUCUGAUCGCACCUCUGCAACAACCUUCCGAGCCGGACCUCCGUCACCCCCAUCACCCUCCGCUUGGCCUCUAAAAGAGAGCCAUACACUCCUCAUUUCAUCGGACCAUUUCCCUCAGACACCCCAGUCUCCUCCGUUGAUGUCGGUCAGUGACCCGAGUCAUGUCUCAAACUUCGCAUCCUCCCAGGCAUCACCGAACCAGGCGACUACUCAACCAAACACUUCUUCCCCUCCCUCUUCCACACCCAUGUCUACACAGGUCUCUCAGCAACCCACAAUGAGCACCACCAACUCGUUCCCUACCCCAGCUAGUAGCGUCAGCGGUCAUCUGGCCCAUGCCACCUUCACGGAGGAUAACGAUCAAAAAUAUUUUACCGCAGGAAACCAGGGCCCAAUUAAGAUCGUGGAAGAUCAGGAACAUAGACGUACGGAUCACAACAGGCAAACUGACUCUGCGGAUGGGACGAACAAUUCCAUCGGACAGGACCAGCUUGCGACAGACGAAGACGCCAUGGACGUGGAUAAUGAAACCGCAGCUCGCCCAUCUUCCCGCGACCUGGGCUUAGAUUGCUUGCAGGAUAAACUCACUUCGGCUUUCCAUCUGUGCAAAAGCUUGCCCAUUGUGUCUGGUCCCGAUCCUUCAGUGGAUCUAGUUUCGCUCUAUGGCCUCGGUCCGGUGGCGCAAUCGGUAGCAAGAAUGGACCAUGUGACGGGGGAAAAGAUAAAUCGACUAAGGAAAUCUUAUGAAGGAAAACUAAAAGGAUUGGGCUUGGCAGGACGAAAUAAACCCAACAAGCAAGAGCCUGGCUCGCAGAGCAGUCUCAGAUACCUAACGAUGUGGCCCGAGGAAGAAUGGCAGAACCAAAAUGUCUUUGGCAAGCAGAUUAAGCUCGCGGAUAACGACUCGGCGCUUCACGGCCUUCACAACCAAGCUAUGCAGCUGGAGCCUGGAACGAUGCCUCAGAACGAUUUUUGGGGAGAUCUACUAGGCCACGAAAAGCCUGUUAGAAAUCAAGGCACCUCCGAGAGUGGGAAAAAGUCUGCCCCUACUCCAGGUACUCGCCCUGCAAUUCAAAAGAACGCGUCCGCUACGACGGCAGAAGAGCGAGAGCGAGCGCGGACCACUCGUGGCCGCAAGAGAAACUACGAUGAUAACAGCUUCGUCGGCUACGGCGAAGGCUACGUGGAUGAUGAUGAUGACCCUGGCUUCUACUCCAACAGCGAGGGAACCGGGAAAAAGAAACGGAAGAAGGACCAUGUUUCCAAGGUUUCAACUCCCAUGUCCGAACGAGGUGGGAGUUAUGGGGUUGGUAUUUAUGGAAUUGGCGCCAGAUGA